CGGCCACCGACAGUAGCGAGCGAAGCGGCACGAUCAGUCCGCGCGCGGCAAUCGACAAGUGCGGUCGCGCUCACAGCCUCGCGCCGGAGCGGCGGCGUGCGUGUUUGUGUGUGCGGUGAGGUGUGUCUACGAAAGGAAGGGUGUGCGUGCGUUUCUAGAGUGAAUCCAGUGUAUUCCAGUUGUGUGGCAAAACACGCAUGGCUGGCUUGUUGCAGCCUCCUACUGCCGUCAACGGCAACGCCGGCGGAGCCGGUGGCCUAUCCGCUCCCAGCAGCCCGUCCCUGGGAAACCGACUCACCGUGCCUGGGUCCCAGGGACCGCGCGACCGCAAGUACAGCCUGCCGCUUCAACUUCAGCGGCGACCGUCGCUGUCCGGCUACGCGGCUGCGGUCGAGUCGGCUCGCGAGGAUGCCCGCCGUCGCAAGUUCAGCCAGGUCGGCCAGGUGGUUUCUCACCGGCUGUCCACCACCAUCGGCUGGAAGGUGUACACGGUGACCACCCAGGAGGUGGCUGACCAGGCCAAGAGCCUGUGCGGCCGCUACCUACGCGCCAAGCUCAAGCAGUGCGGUGCCGUGCACAAGAAGCUGGGCCUUCAGCGGCUGCGCAGCGUGAGCAACAUUAGCGUCGGCUACCCGACGUCGGACGUGGCCCAGAGGCUGCGGCUCGUGUGCUCCGAGUUGGAGAGUUCGCACCCGGACCUUUACCAGACGGUGACGGGAAACAUUGGCGUGCACGCGCUGCCCUCAGAGACGGCGGUGCAGAACGUGUUCGAGGCGGUCGCUCGCGAGCUGUUCCGCAACGACAUUUCGUGGGGUCGCAUCGUGGCCCUGUAUUCAGUUUCUGGAGGACUCGCCGUCGACUGCGUCAAGUUGGGCCACCCAGAGUACGUGCUAGGCCUCGUUCAAGCCCUGGGUCUCUUCGUCGAGCGUGACCUGGCCACGUGGAUCAGUCAGCAAGGAGGAUGGGGAACUCUAAUCACGCGGUUCCGACGACGACCCCAGCGGUCAAUCCUGGUCGACUUCUUUCUGAUCGUGGCCGGCCUUGUAGUGGUCGUGGUGCUUCUCUAUUACUGGCUGUCCUGACGCCCGGUGCGGACUCUACACCUUUCAAGGAUGCUGUGAUUGGCGCCCUCGUCCUUCCACCCAAUUUUGUCCAGCGUCACAUCCUCAAGGCCCCCACGACGCCAAAGAAGCGGUGCUACGUGACAGUGUGGUCUCGUUGAACGAAACCACCUCGCGUAUAGUCAAGUGAUCGUCUGAUCAAAGAAGUGUAUACGAUCUGUUUAAGUGAGACCACAUCUCCUGUGCUGGUGCUGUGAACUCCUCUAAACGUCACCACUGAUAAAGACAGCUGUUCCUUGAUGUACUCUAGCGAGAUUACCGAAUCACCCACGAUACACCUCCAUGUAGUGCGUGUUUAGCCAGAUCGCGACGCCCCUAAAGUGUCAGUGGAAUUGUCGUCGAGAGGAACACCAUUUAAGUGGAACCAUGACAGAGAUUCAGAGCAAACCCAGAAUUUCUUUUGCUUGUAUGUUUAGAGUAUCCUGACUUAGAGACUUCCCGAGUCUUCUGAAUGAAUAUUUGUGAUCCUGUGCGUCACGACAGGAGCCGACUUGGUGUCUUGUACCAUAAGCCCGCAGUAGCGGGUAGCCGGUGCUACAGGGCAUAUCUGUUAACUCGAAUAAGUUACGAUUGUGUGUUUUGUGUUGGCGCAUUGCACUCAGGCGCGAUGAAGUGCCGCAUGCAUUUAUUUCCUCGAAAGACACUGCUUCGAUUGAGUGAGCUAAAAUGGCUAUAUGUGCGAGCCAUUUGUUCAACUAUAAGCAGUGAUCAGAAGGCUCUUUAACAAAGAGAUACCUCCAAAGCACGCUCUGCCGUGGCUGAGAUACUCGGCUGCUAAUGCGCAGGUCGCGGGAUCGAGUCCCAGCUUCGGCGGCUGCAUUUUCGAUGGAUGCGAAAAUGUUUUAGGCCCGUGUGCCCAUAUUUUGCUGCACGUCAAAGAACCCCCAGAUCGUCAAAAUUCCUGGAGCCUUUCACUAAGGCGUCUCUCACAAUCAUAUGUUAGUUUGGGGACAUUAAAUCUCGCAUAUCAAUCAAAAUCAACUUUCCAAGCACAUAGGUAUGGCGUCAUUCCUUUCAUAAAGACAAACUGGCGAAAGUGAUAGAUAUACCCCAGAAUCACUGCGCUGGUCUGGUUAUCUCGUGAUCAAUUCAAACAUGCUGGCAAGAGUUUUCUUUCAUUCUUUUUUUUUGCCUGGGGGACAUAGCGCAGUUUAUUACGUCAGUGGGAGGAGCUCUAAAGCAUGAAUAGGCCAAUAUUGUGCAUGACCAAACUAUUGUUUUUGGCUAAUGAACAAACAAACAAUGAAAACUCCGGAAUUCUAAAAUAUUCGGUGCUAGGACAUUCUUAAAAAAUCAGCAUUAUGAAUACACUGAGUGAGUAACACUGUAACAAUAUAUUCGAGAAAAUGACGUCAGUGAACGGCGUACCUUUCUCAAUAAUUACAUAUUUCGUCUCCGAAGGACAUCAUUAUUAUAUGGCUAAUCAAGGCGAUUUGAUGUUUUACUUUUUUGGAAAAUGAAUCCUAGUGAGUCGCAAUGUUUUUCUGUACGUUGGACUGCCCAGAAUAAUUAUCGGCACUCGCAUUUUUCGCCUAUGCAGGCUAUCGCGAUUUCGGUCGAAGACAAUGCUACUUCAACGUGCGCGCAUGUAGCACGUAAAAAUUUGUAUAUAUUGAAUUAACGCGUGGUAACGUUCAAUGCUCCUUAGAGUGUGGACAGAAAGGUGUUAGAGAAAGUAUUAGAGUUGGUAUGGUAGAUCCCUUGAAGGCAAGCGUGACUGUGAAGUGUACAGCGUCGUAUUAUAACACUGUGACGAGUGACACAGCUGUGCGCAUUUCACGCAGUGGCUGAAGCGCAGCGUGUCUGUAUGCUGCGUUGGGGACCAACCGACCCUAAGUUUUUACCACUUCAGCCAGUCACGUUCGAUAUUUAUACUGUGCUUGUGGUGAGGAACGGCAACCACAACAAUAUGCGGAUUGCUUGAGUGCUAGGCCGUCCACUGCAGAAGAUGAGCGUCUGCUGCGAACUGUUUAUCAUACUUAUUUCCAUACAGCCACUAGGUCGAAAUUAAAUUUAAGUCGUAAAAAAAAGCUUGCAUGCAAAAUGUAGCGUAUAGUGUACGUGUUUUGCUAACAUCCAUGGAACAGGAGGCUUCCAUUUCCAUUUUUUUUCGAGGCUGCCGUUGUUCGAUGUACUUGGUGUGCCCUCUAUGGCAGCUCUUGCAAACAGACCCCGUGAGCCUUGCAUAGUGCGCAUCCGUGCUGUUAAAAUGGCUGAAUGUCGGCCACCAGGUUUAGUGGUCAGCUGCGACAUGAAGAAAGCCAGUUAGACGAAGGUCCCGCUUGCUUAGUUGCGCAGUUUAGGCAAUUGAGAUGGUUACGAGGAUUGCUUAUAGAGCCGCAUCGUGCGUACGAGGCUAACUGACAUUAACGGUCGAGUAGGGGCUUCAUGAAUUUACGCCAAGUGCUACGAAAGGAAUUAUUGGCCUCGUUACAUUUCAGGCACUGCUAGAGAGCAUCGGCACAGCGGCGCUGCCAACAUUACCCUUUGCCCUACUUGUAACGACGAUAUGUUGAAAAGUGAAUGUACUGUGUGUAAAAGUUGUACGCACAAAAGCUGCUUCGAUUUCGUAACAGCGGAAGUGAAACCAAUCAGGGCUGCAGAGAUGCGAGUGGCGCUUACGACACUAACGUCAAUUAUCUUUUUUUUAAACUGCGCAUUCAUAACAAUUGAAUGACGUACAUUGUGUAACAUAAUCAUGCGCAGUUAUCCUAUGGAAUAUGUGUUUCACUCGCGUAAAGUGUCUGUAUUCUUAAAUUGCGCUUACUGAUUGUAGGAGGCAAGGUGCUCAGUUUGUAUGCCUCAGCUUGCUCGCUUAUUUACGUUUCUGGUGGAGCUCACUGCACAAUCAAGCGGUACCGAUGGCUUUGAAAGGGUCAUGAGCCGUCCACGAGUUGGUUGUCUGUGGUAGCAAAUGAAAUUAAGUAUGCCUCGGCUGCAUAGUUGUACUUGGUAAGGUAGCUGCCAGGCUGUCAUUGUUACUGAAAAAUGUUAUUUGUACCGUAAACUAGCAAGCGCUAACUGUCAAAAAGACACCGUACGCGUAUACCAGGAAGUACGAUGUAUCGUACGGUAUUAGCGUUGGUGCAGAAAGCCCGGGACGCAAACGCCUCACCCAAGAGAUUAUCCUAACACACAAGCGGGGCACGCACAAUUUAGGAUAGUUCUGCAUGAUUGGCUGGGUAAUGUUGCGACGUUUAUUAUCCAUGCUUAGCUAAGUCACUGCAGUGGACGAUAUGCUUUGUGCUUUUCAACAUUCACUGCAAAUGUAUCGAGUCAUUUGCGACGACAUUCACACUUGUCACAAAUAUCGCGCAGUAGUUAUGCGCUUGAUGUCGGUGUACAUUGUUUUGUUCCGUUAGAAAGUGUGAAUUCUUCGAGAUCAAUUACAUAUUUUCUAUCGUGUGGUACCCGGACAAAUGUACUGAACAUGCGACAUGGUGGUUUGCGGUGCUGUAGCGCAGGUUGACGAGAAAUAAACUUUGUUCAGUGGAGUAAGGGAACAAAAUAUAUGUGACCUAGGACAAUAUUAUUAUUUGUGCUGAUGCAGACUGUACAGAACCUGUACUGCAUUUUAACAAAGACAUAUUGUGAAUGUGUGUUGCAGCAGCUGCACUUCCUUGUCUAGCAUCAACGAUAGUUGUAGAAUUCACUAGUCAGGGACUGCGCGAAGUGUAGCCAGCAGAUGAGCACACAAUGUUUGAGCCUGUCAGUUAACUGGAAUAUUAAUGGAAGGUAAUUUAUCUUUCUCUUUUUACAGGCACGCUAGAUUCACACGUGGUCUGUGCCAUGAACCGUCAAAGAAUCUUAAAUGACUCGUUGAAGGGCGGACGCAUACGCGUAUGACGCAGGCCUUGCAGGUUGUGCAAGCCUUUCAUGAGAAAGCUGCAGUGCAGAGCGAAUAGUUAGACUCACCUGAUUACGCUGUCGUUACAGUCGUUUUAGGACUACUUGCUUCCUCCAACGAGUUACCCUCGUUGUAUCUCUAAAGAGAUAAAUACCAUGCAUGCUAUUCGUCUUUAAACAUGUAAAUAUUUGGCAUCUCAGUCAUGAUAAACAAAUUAUGCGUACGUUACAAGCCAGCCGCAAAAAAAAUUGGAACACUGUUCAUGGACUUGAAAAAUGUACUAAGUCUUUCUUCGGAAAGCGUAUGAGCUGGUGAACAGUACCACUGAUAAUGGCCGAUUCCAAGAUUCCUUGUACCUUGGCUUAGACGUCAUUGACAUCAGUUGAAAGCAGUAUCGGCGUCACGAAGAAGGCAAUGAGCCGUGCACAGAAAUUCAUUUUUGCGUGCUUAGGUGGAAUGUGGCACAACCAAACUUGAACUGAUGCGGGCGCAUUGUCGCACGAAUGUGAAUCGAGCAGACGGUGGAAGACGCUAUCGAAGUCUCGCAAAUAUUUGUGAUGGUUUACGUACAGCCAUAUGCGUGCUGGAGUAUUGUGUUUCGCCGUAAACUGUGUACUAUACAAUUGAGCAUGAUAAAUUUCCUACCACGUUGAUUCUUCGUCACUGUUUAUGAUGAUACGUUCACCGUCAAAUCCUGAUAUUUUGUGAGUAAGGAAUGCGGUUUUGUUUAUCAAUAGCACGAAAUGACGCGUCAUAUGUGUUUAACAUGGUCACCGUAUUUUGCUGUUGCUGUGCUCGUAUUUUUCUGUUAAAUAAAGUUCCACAUUAUUUAUGAAAAA